CUAUCAUUUUCUGACAAAAAGAUUGGAAUAAAAGUGUAUUUUUUAUCAUUCCAUAUCUGUAAAAUUUACAAACUUGUGUGUCCACAUUUAUAUCUUUUGAAUUAAUAGAAUUAUUUUCCGUGGCAAGUGUGAUUAUAUAGUGUAUUAUUGAUCAUCGAUCGGUUUGGCAGUUCUGCGCGGACGGGUGUAAUGGCUGGACAAACUAUCAACGACAGGCUAUUGGCAGCUCGGCAUAGUCUGGCUGGACAGGGCCUAGCAAAAUCGGUUUGCAAGGCGACUACCGAAGAAAUGAUAGGACCGAAGAAAAAACAUUUGGAUUAUUUAGUCCAUUGCACCAACGAGCCAAACGUUUCGAUUCCGCAUUUGGCUAACUUACUGGUAGAGCGGUCACAAAAUGCAAAUUGGGUUGUUGUUUACAAAGCGCUUAUCACAACUCAUCAUAUGCUGGCAUAUGGCAACGAGAGGUUUAUACAGUACUUAGCAUCGAGUAACUCUUCUUUUCAACUAAACAAUUUCUUAGACAAAGGCGGAGUACAAGGUGCUGUUGGAGCUAGAAUGGGAUAUGAUAUGUCACCGUUUAUUCGAAGAUAUGCCAAAUAUUUAAAUGAAAAGGCACUCUCUUACCGCACCGUCGCUUUUGAUUUUUGUAAAUUGAAACGAGGCAAAGAAGAGGGAUCUCUUCGGGUUAUGAAUGCAGAUAAGUUAUUAAAAACAUUGCCGGUUCUUCAAGCCCAGCUGGAUUCGUUGCUCGAGUUUGAUUGCACAGCUAAUGAUUUGACAAACGGUGUUAUCAAUAUGUGUUUCAUGCUGUUGUUUAGGGAUUUGAUACGGUUGUUUGCAUGCUAUAAUGACGGAAUUAUCAAUUUACUGGAAAAGUAUUUUGAUAUGAACAAAAAGCAGUGCCGAGACGCAUUGGAUUUGUACAAAAAAUUUCUUACUCGCAUGGAUCGUGUUGGAGAGUUCCUCAAGGUGGCCGAGAACGUUGGCAUUGAUAAAGGAGAUUUACCCGAUUUGACUAAGGCACCUAGUUCUCUAUUGGAUGCUCUGGAACAACAUUUAGCGACAUUGGAAGGCAAAAAAGGUUCUGCUGCUAAUACACCAACUCAGACAGCUAACAAUCAAAAGAACGUAAAGAGUGGAGUGACAGCCCUAUCUUCUACUAGUUCUUCUUUUGGGACCGCUGCUGCUUCUACGAAAUUCGAUAAUCCAUCGAAUGGCGCUAUUGAUGAAAGCCUGAAAGCUCAAGCUCUUGCGGAAGAGGAGGCUGUAAUGAAUCAAUAUAAAUCCAAAGUCUCAUCUCCAACUGCCAGCGGUGCUAAUGUGGCCAUCACAAAUCCCUUCCUAUCGUCACCACCAGCGACAAAACGCAAUGUUGACGAUUUAUUUGGUUCGGGCAUCAACGCACCGGUAUCCGAAAACGAGUCAAAGGCUUCUGACGACCUGCUUCAGCUAGGUAAUCCAUUUGCGGAUAUGUUUGGUGCUUCGCAACCUGCACAAGCAACAACCAUGAACACAGCUGCCAGCAAUAUGUGGAUGAGCAACGGCAUUAAUGGAACAUCUUCCGUACCCACUGCAGCAAUACCAUCCAGUACAGCGAAUACAUUCGUGUCGGAUAGCAAUUUUUCAUCUGUAUUCGGCAAUACAGACCCUGUUGCGCUGGAAAGCUCCGUGCCGAAUCCGUUUUUAAUUGACGAGUUAGAUGGUGGUAGCCAACAACAGUUCGCACCGGCUGAAUUGCAACUUCAACAGCAAAAAAUGCCAGGAUUCGACGCGUUGGGUGAUGUACUAAAACCUGGCAACAUUGGUUACACUGGUCAAGCUCAAACCGCCGUUGGAGUAAAUUUCGCUUCACAACCAACCGCACUUGCAGGUGGCUCAAUGCAGGCGCCAGCCAAUCAGCAACCAGGAAAAGUGCUCACUGGAGAUCUAGACAGCUCACUGGCAUCACUGGCGGAGAGUUUAUCCAUCAACAAAGGAUCUUCGUCCCAAAUUAAGAAUGUACAAUGGAACUCACCAAAAAAUACCGCUAAACCUGGUUCAGCAGGAUGGUCGCCUCAACCGCAGCCAGCAACCAAUCAGAUGGGCUAUAAACCAAUGGCGCAAGGUAUGACAGUUACUCCUGCCCCUAGCACUAUUCAUCCACUUGUACACUCUUCCUAUCCUGUAGUGUCAACGUAUAUGAUACAGCAAGGUAUACCGCAAAUGAGACCAAUGAUGGGAGGGCCUGCGGUACCAGGAGGAACUCAGAUGCCUAGUACGAUUCCGGUAAACACUGGUAUGAUGCAUAUGCAACAGCCCCAACAAACUGCUAUUCUCGGCCAGCCAGUACUGAUACCUUCACAGCAACAGCAGUCACACACACAACCGUUGCCAAACAAAAAUAUUCAGUUAGAUCCUUUUGGGGCGCUCUAAGAAAAAAAAAUCGUUAUCAGCAAAAUCUUAAAAAGAAUCUUUUUCACUGCAAUAAUACUAUAAUGGUUUGUAAUUACGAAAGAGGAGACACUGCAGAGUUUUCACCCUGACUCUUAAAGUUAAUAUAUUUACUAUGGAAUAUUUAACGCUGAACAUAUAGUAUAUGCGUACCUAGAUCACAGAGAGAUAAAUUUGAUAUACUGGAAUUAUUUCAAGUAUUAACAUAACAUAAUAUACAUAUAAACAUUAUGUGACAAAGCAGAGUAAAACUAUUACUGUUACUAGAAGAAGUUAUCAUAUAUUCAAUGACUGCAAAAUACAUAGAACUUACUGAGUGCAUAUAAAAAAGUUUCUUGUAAUUAAUCUGUUAAUCGUGAACUGGAUAGAAAUUAAAAUUUAUUUUGUGAUAAGUUAUAUUUUUGUGUAGAAUAAUUAUCCUAAUUUAUGAUUAAUGUAUGCAAAAAUCAAGAAAGCAAAGACAAUAUUAUGAAUUUAAUAAAUAUCUCUCCCAAUUGUUUACGUAAACAGACAUUUAUCUAAAUUGUUUCACAGAAAAGUAUCAUAUGUUGUCAUUGUUUCAAAAGAUCUACUAAACUUAAAAACUCAAAAUUUACAAAAAAAAAUCAUUGAUCUUUUGGCCAUGAACAGAGACAAUUAAGAUUAAAUAAGAAUAAAAUUAAAACAGAAAAAUAUCGAAUAUAUACAGGCUUCUGAAACAGAUUAUGUAUAUUGUAAAUACAACAAAACGCUUGGGGUAAUGUUGUCCAUAGAGUACUACAGAUGCGAUAUGAAUGUACGAUAAUCAUUCCACUAUCAACAAAUAGUUAUAGAUAUUAACGCUGAACAGGUUACCGUGUGACCAUACUGUGUCCCAGAUCGCUACGCAUUGGUUACUUGAUUUGCAUUCGCAGUCAGAAGCUCGUUAAAGUUAAUUCUACCGCUUUAAUUUAAUUCAAAGUACUAUUACCGUAUUCUCGCAAAUUGAACAACGUAUCUUGGUUUUGUAUAAAUAGCUUGUACUUUCUUCUUAAUAUAUGUUGAAUAAGUUAGUGGAACUAGUCUCCGACAUAACCUUCAAACGAAAUAAAAUAUAGUGUCGGAUGAAUCCGAUUCGGUGGUAUGACAAUAUUAUCCCAUUUACUUUUUUGAUUUAGUUCAAAACGCAUCGAACUAACAGGACGGUCCGACAUACGUCGUAUCAGUACAGAUAACGUAUUCUAUAAAAUGUAUGCCUACAGAUAUAAAUUUAAUUUUCGUGGUAGCGCGUGGAUUGUUCUGCAGAACAACAUUGUGUUGCGAACCAAAAUAUGAACUACUACAAACAGGCAGAUAUCUUUAAUACGCAUGAAAAUAAUUACUGUUGUGCAAAUAGCUCUCAAUCAAGAUACUAUGUUUAUAUUUAUGCGAGUUGUAACACAUUAUUGUAGCGAUGUGAAAUAUAGAAUACGUAUUAGCAACUGUU